AUGAUCACUGAGCCGCAUAAGAAAAGUUCAGAGGACAUACUGAAUGCAUUCAUGAUUCAGUCACACAAGAACGUGGAACAUACCAAUCAAAGGCUAGAGAAGGUUGAGAAUAAUAUGCACAGCAUGGCAGGACAUAUGAAGAACCUAGAGACGCAGAUGAGUCAGAUUGCCCAAGCCGUGGGACAAAUACAUCAAUCGGGGCAAUUCCCAAGUACUACAGUUCCAAAUCCGAAAGACUGCAAGGCAAUCUACUUAAGGAGUGGGACAAACUAUGAGAGUCCUCCUAUGCCCGAGGUGGAAGCUAAUGAAGUGCCCGAAAAGAAAGAAGAAGAGGAGAUUGAGGUGGAAUCACCUCUUAUGCAGUCUGAGGUUCAACCCGAGGCAAUUGCUCCGCCCAUGUCAAAAGAGGUUAAGAUUCAUUUUCCUCAAGUGGUGCAAAAUAAGAAGUUGGAUGAGAAGUUUGCUAAGUUCCUUGAGAUCUUCAAGAGAGUGCACCUCAAUAUUCCUCUUAUUGAGGCUCUCCAACAAAUGCCCGGUUACCUCAAGUUUUUAAAAGAGAUUAUGUCCAAGAAGAAGAGGUUGGUUGAUUAUGAAACCGUGAAUUUGACCGAGAAUUGUAGUGCAAUCAUCCAACAAAAGAUGUCGGCAAAGAUGAAAGAUCCGGGGAGUUUCAACAUUUCUUGUGUGAUCGGGAAUGAUAGACAAACUAAGGCCUUGUGUGACUUGGGGGCAAGCAUAAAUCUCAUGCCUUUAAGCUUCUUCCGGAAGUUGAAGUUUGGUGUCUUGAAGCCAACUACCAUUACCCUCCAAAUGGCGGACAAGUCCGUCAAAUUCCCGAAUGGACUCCUUGAGAAUGUAUUGGUAAGGGUGAAUGAUUUCAUCUUCCCCGUGGACUUUGUUGUUUUGGACAUGAAGGAGGAUCCAAAUGUCCCCCCUCAUCCUUGGAAGACCAUUCCUUGCAACCGGGAAAGCUCUAAUUGA